GGAUAAUGGCGCCCCGAGGGAGGAUCGGGUGGACUUGAGUUCACCGAUGUGGCUUCACUCCAGCGGAUGGGACCCGGGCAAGGAUACGGUCGUGCUAAUCCAUGGAUACGGAGGCAUCCAGGAUCAUUUGCCCAUUGGAGUUUUAAGGGAUGCCUACCUGACGACGCGGCGCUACAACACGUUCGUGGUGGACUGGGGCCCGCUGGCGGCGAUCCCGUGCUACGCGGCGGCCGUGCACAACAUCAAGCCCGCGGCGCGGUGCGUGGCCCAGCUCCUAGGCUUCCUCCGCAACUCCGGCGUCCCUGUCCGGCGGACGACCUGCGUCGGGCACAGCCUCGGGGCCCACGUCUGCGGGGUCGCCGCCAACUACAUCAACUUCUUCAUGCACAGGAUCGUCG